CAACGUUGACCAAGGAAACACACUGUACCUCUACACGUUAGCUAGCCUAAUGUCUCAUUUUAACCCAGGGGAACAAUUUUAAAGACCUACAUGGCAGUCUGUUUAGGUUAUUUGUUUUAAAGAAGCCAUGUUGAAGUUCAAAUACGUAAGUCAAGGAAACAUGAAGGUGUUGCCGUCCUCCGCCGACCCCAUCACGAGCCGCAGCUCCCGACUCAACCACCUGUUCCAGGGUCGGGUCAGUCUGUGUGGGCAGCAGGGAGGAUGCACGCUGGGCCGGGAGGAGUUUCUGGAGGCUCUGCUGCUGCUCUACCAGGAGUGCACCUCCCCAGAGCUCAUGAAGAUACAACAUGUGGCCAACUUUGUCAGCAAGUUUUCUGAGGUGGUGUCAGAGCUACGUGCCCUGCAACCUGGUCCCCAUGACUUUGAAGUGUGUGCCGUAGUUGGUCGCGGCCGCUUCGCAGAAGUCCAAGUCGUCAGAGAGAAGGCCACUGGGGAUGUUUGUGCCCUGAAAAUCAUGAACAAGACAGUUUUACGCACUCAAGAAAAUGUGGUUUUUCAUGAAGAGGAGCGGAGGAUCUUGGCUCUCAACAGCAGUCCCUGGAUCCCACAGCUUCUCUGUGCCUUCCAGGAUAAAGAACAAGUCUACCUGGCGAUGGAGUACUUGCCAGGCGGUGACCUGAUGGCUCUACUGAACAGAUAUGAGGAUCAGUUUGAUGAGUCCAUGGCUCAGUUCUAUUUGGCUGAGCUGGUAGAGGCCAUUCAUGCUGUCCACCAGCUGGGCUACGUCCACAGAGAUGUAAAACCAGAGAAUGUUCUGAUCGAUCGGACGGGUCACAUCAAGCUCGCAGACUUUGGAUCAGCUGCCAAACUGACUACCAACAAAAUGGUGGCAGCUCCCACUGUGCCUGUGGGCACCCAGGACUUCCUCUCCCCUGAGGUCCUGAUGGCCAUAAAUGGGGGCUCUCACAGCUCCUAUGGGGCUGAGUGUGACUGGUGGUCCCUUGGGGUCAUAGCAUAUGAAAUGAUCUAUGGCAAGUCUCCCUUCUCUGAUGGCACCUCUACCAAGACCAUCCACAACAUCCUCAACUUCCAGCGUUACCUGAAGUUUCCACAGGAGCCACGUGCCAGUAAGCAGUUUGUGGACCUGGUGCAGAGCUUACUGUGUGGAGCCAAGGAGCGGCUGGGUUUUCAGGGACUGCGCUGUCACACCUUUUUCUCCAGUGUGGACUGGAACAACCUGAGACAAGUCCUCCCUCCGUUCGUUCCUGCGCUACAUGCCGAAGAUGACACUUCUAAUUUUGAGGAGCCGGAGCAGGCAGCCCCCCGGCCAGCCCCAGCAGCCCAGCGAGGAGCUCUGCCAGUGGGCUUCCAGGGCCAGGAUCUUCCCUUUCUAGGCUGGUUCUUCAGCAGGGCAUUGACAACAUUGGCCAAAACUGAGUCAGUGUCUGCAGGCCUCAACUCCCCUGCUAAGACCAACUCCAUGGAAAAGAAAUUGCACCUCAAAAGCAAAGAACUACAAGAAACUCAAGACAAAUGUCACAAGAUGGAGCAGGAGAUUUCCAGGUUCCAGCGUAAGAUGACUGACCUGGAGUCAGUGCUCCACCAGAAGGAUGUGGAGCUGAAGGCCUCCGAGACCCAGCGAAGCAUCCUGGAGCAAGACCUCGCCACCUACAUUACCGAGUGUAGCAGUUUGAAGCGAAGCUUGGAGGAAGCACGUGUGGAGGUCUCUAAAGAGGAUGACAAAGCCAUGCAACUGCUGCACGACAUUCGUGAACAGAGCAACAAGCUGCAGGAGAUUAAGGAACAAGAGUACCAUGCUCAGCUGGAGGAGAUGCAAGUGACCAUCAGACAGCUGGAGGAGGACCUGUCGGCUGCCCGACGUCGCAGCGACCUCUAUGAGGCUGAACUUAGAGACUCUCGGCAAACCAGUGAGGAUCUGAAACGGAAAGCUGUUGAAUACCAGCAGAGAAUCCAGAAGGCCAAAGAGCAGGGCAAAGCUGAGGUGGAGGAGCUUCUCUCCAAACUUGAGAAGACCAAUUCUGAGCAGCAGUUGAAAAUCCAAGAGCUUCAGGACAAAUUAUCCAAGGCAGUGAAAGCCAGCACAGAAGCGACCGAGCUGCUGCAGAACGUUCGACAAGCCAAAGAGAGGCUGGAACGAGAGCUCGAACGCCUGCGAGGCAAGACCGACCCCAGUGACACACUCAAACGCCGCCUUAGAGAGACAGAGGAGGGCAGGAAGACUCUAGAGAACCAGGUGAAGAGGCUAGAGAUGGUGGAGCGGCGGGAGAAUAAGCUGAAAGAUGACAUUCAGACCAAAUCCCAGCAGAUCCAGCAGAUGGCUGAGAAGAUCCUGGAACUGGAGGAGAACCUAAGGGAAACUCAGUCGACAGCCCAGAGAAUGGAAACUCACCUGGCUCAAAAGGAGAGGCUCUAUGAAGACAAAAUCAAGGUUCUGGAGGCACAAAUGAAGGCGGACCUGGCUGACAAGGAGAGCCUGGAGGCAAAACGGGCCCAGCAGGAGGAGGAGUCCAGGGAGAAGUGCAAACUUAUCAGUGAGCAGAAAGCGACCAUUAAUGCUAUGGACUCAAAGAUGAAGAACCUGGAGCAGCGCAUUGCAGAGCUGUCAGAGGCUAACAAGCUGGCCGCUAACAGCAGCAUCUAUACCCAGAAGAAUAUGAAAGCCCAGGAGGAGAUGAUCUCUGAGCUCAGGCAGCAGAAGUUCUACUUGGAGUCUCAGGCAGGCAAGCUCGAGGCCCAGAAUGCCAAACUGGAGGAGCACCUGGAGAAGAUGAGCCAGCAGGAGCAGACCAAGAGGAGUCGGCUACUGGAGCUGGAGACCAGGCUACGGGAGAUGGGCCUGGAACAUGAAGAGCAGAAGCUGGAGAUCAAGCGGCAGGUGUCGGAGUUGACCCUUUCCCUACAGGAGCGUGAAUCUCAGAUUAGUGGCCUGCAGGCUGCACGUCUUGCCCUAGAGAGCCAGCUGCAGCAGGCCAAGACUGAGCUAGAGGAGACCACUGCUGAGGCUGAGGAGGAGAUCACUGCCCUCCGGACUCACAGAGAUGAAAUUCAGCGCAAAUUUGAUGCCCUGAGAGACAGCUGCUCAGUGAUUACAGACCUGGAGGAGCAACUUACACAGCUGAGUCAGGAGAAUGCUGAGUUGAACCGCCAGAACUUCUACCUGUCCAAGCAACUUGAUGAGGCAUCAGAUGAGAGUGAAGACCGCCUGCAGCUCAGCCAGGAAGUGGACCGCCUGAGGAGGGAGGUGGCCGACCGUGAGAUGCACCUCAACAACCAGAAACAGAACAUUGAGACAUUGAAGACCACAUGCAGCAUGCUGGAAGAGCAAGUGGUGGAGCUGGAGUCCUUAAAUGAUGAGCUACUUGAGAAAGAGAGGCAGUGGGAAGCCUGGAGAGGUGCCCUGGAGGAUGAGAAAAGCCAAGCCGAGAGACGCACCAGGGACCUGCAGAGACUUCUGGACAAUGAGAAGCAGAAUAGGCUGCGUGCAGACCAGCGCAGCACCGAGUCUCGCCAGGCAGUGGAACUGGCAGUAAAAGAGCACAAGGCUGAGAUAGUGGCCUUACAGCAGGCCCUGAAGGAGCAGAGACUGAAGGCUGAAAGUCUGUCUGAUACGCUCAAUGAUCUGGAAAAGAAGCACGCCAUGCUGGAGAUGAACGCUCGCAGCUUACAGCAGAAACUGGAGACUGAGAGAGAACUGAAGCAGAGGCUGAUGGAUGAGGUACAAGGGAAGCUGCAGCAGCAGAUGGACCUACAGAAGAGUCACAUCUUCCGUCUGACCCAGGGCCUGCAGGAUGCCCUGGACCAGACCGACAUGCUUAAGACCGAGAGGACUGAUCUGGAGUACCAGCUGGAGAAUAUACAGGCUGUAUACUCCCACGAGAAGGUGAAGAUGGAGGGGACCAUCUCCCAGCAGACCAAACUCAUUGACUUCCUUCAGGCCAAAAUGGACCAGCCUGCCAAGAAAAAGAAGGGCAUAUUUGGACGUCGUCGGGAGGAUGUGGGUACCACAACUAAUGGGGCACUGACUCCCCAAGCCCAGCCGGCAGUGCCGAUGCAGUACAGCGACAUGAAGCUAGCUCUGGAGAGGGAGCGUUCUCGCUGCUCAGAGCUAGAGGAGGCCCUGCAGAAGAUGAGGAUAGAGCUUCGAUCCCUCAGAGAAGAGGCGGCUCAUUUCAAAGCCCAAGAGCAUGUGGCCCCAUCAACGCCAGCCCAGGCACGCCAACAGAUACUCAUGUCGGCCAUCGUCAAAUCCCCAGAGCAUCAGCCCAAUCCCAGCAGCCUCCUUAACCCCUCAACCCGCUGCAAGGAGACCUCCACACCAGAGGAGUUUGGUCGUCGUGUGAAGGAGAGGAUGCACCACAACAUCCCCCAUCGUUUCACUGUGGGCCUCAACAUGAGGGCUGCCAAGUGUGCUGUCUGCCUUGAUACUGUACAUUUUGGACGACAGGCUGCCACCUGCCUAGAGUGCCAUACCCUGUGUCACCCCAAAUGCUCACCAUGUCUUCCGGCUACCUGUGGCCUGCCGGCUGAGUACGCCACUCACUUCUCGGAGGCUCUGUGCCGGGAUAAGGCAAACUCCCCUGCCCUGCAGGUGAAAGAGGCCAGUGGGCAUGUGCGCCUGGAAGGAUGGAUGAAGCAGCCUAGGAAUGGCAAGCGUGGCCAGCAGGGUUGGGAGAGGAAGUACGUGGUGCUGGAUGGAACCAAAGUUUCCAUCUAUGACACUGAGCCCAGAGAGGACUGCAUGAAGGCCGAGGAGGAGUUUGAGCUGUGUCUACCUGAUGGAGAGGUGACUGUUCACGGAGCUGUAGGAGCCUCUGAGCUCAUCAACACUGCCAAGUCAGACAUCCCAUAUGUGCUGAAGCUGGAGUCCCAUCCUCACACCACCUGUUGGCCAGGCCAGUCCCUCUACUUUAUGGCUCCCAGCUUCCCUGACAAGCAGCGUUGGGUGGCAGUACUCGAGUCUGUGGUGGCUGGAAGCCGUGGCUCUAAAGACAAAGUGGAUGCUGAUGCUAAACUUCUGGGCAACUCUCUGCUAAAGUUGGAGGGGGAUGACCGUUUGGACAUCAACUGCACUUUGCCUCUUACUGACCAGAUUGUGCUGGUUGGCUCUGAAGAAGGUUUGUAUGCUCUCAACGUCAUAAAGAACUCACUGACGCACAUCCCUGGCCUGGCCUCCGUCUUCCAGAUCCAGAUCCUGAAAGAUCUUGACAAACUGCUGAUGAUCACUGGAGAGGAGAGAGCGCUGUGUCUCGUGGACAUCAAGAAGGUGAAACAGUCUUUGUCUCAGUCCCACCUCCCAGCUCAGCCUGAGCUCAACCCCUUCAUCUUUGAGACUGUCAAGGGAUGCCACCUCUUCUCUUCUGGAAAGAUUGAUAAUGGGACCUGUAUCUGUGCUGCUAUGCCCAACAAGAUUACAAUUCUCCGCCACAAUGAAAGCCUAAAUAAGUUCUGCAUCAGAAAGGAGAUUGAGACGUCUGAACCGUGCAGCUGUAUCCACUUCACUGGCUACAGCAUCAUUAUUGGCACCAACAAGUUCUAUGAGAUUGAGAUGAAGCAGUAUGUGCUGGAGGAGUUCCUGGAUAAAAACGAUGUGACGCUAGCCUCGGCUGUGUUUGCUGCAUCCUCCCAUAGCUUCCCCAUCUCCAUCAUCCAGGUCACCACGGCACCCCAGAAAGAUGAAUACCUCCUCUGUUUCCAUGAGUUUGGUGUGUUUGUGGAUGCAUAUGGCCGCAGGAGUAGAACCGACGAUAUCAAGUGGAGUCGCUUGCCACUUUCAUUUGCCUAUAGAGAACCCUACCUGUUUGUGACCUACUUCAACUCUCUGGACGUGAUUGAGAUCCAGGGACAUGCUGCUCUUGGGCCACACUCCUAUGCCCACCUUGACAUCCCAAACCCACGCUACCUGGGCCCGGCAAUCUCCUCUGGAGCCAUCUACCUGGCCUCUUCCUACCAGAACAAACUGCGGGUUAUCUGCUGCAAAGGAAACCUGGCCCAGAGCCAAGAAGCUGGGGGAGACCUGCAGCGUAACGGCUCUGGACGCAGCCCAAACAAACGUGGGCCUCCUUCCUACAACGAGCACAUCUCUAAGAGGCUGGCUGCCAGUCCCGUAGUCCACGGAGAUCCAGGCACGCCUCACCGCUACAGAGAGGCCCGCACCGAGUUCCGACGUGACAAGUCCCCCAGCCGUCCAAUGGAGAGAGAGAAGUCCCCCGGCAGGAUGCUUGAGGGUCGUAUAGUGGGGUCUCCUGGCAGGGCCAUGGCAGACCCUCGGUUAGAGCGUUCCCCAGGCAGGGCCAUGGCAGACCCCCGAAUGGACCGUUCCCCUGGCCGGUUGAUGGAUGUCCGCAGAGAAAGGUCCCCUGGACACUUUGAGGAGCGUCAGAGGCUCCAUACUGGCUCUGGACGCACGCCCAUCAACCCUGUUAACAAGGUAUGGGACCAAUCAUCUGUGUGAAUGACAGCAGAGCAACUCACCCAGCAUGGACAGGGCUCUUUAUCUCUGGAAAGGGGAGGGAGGGAGCAGAGUACCACCUGAGAAUGUCACCAACUCAUGAUGAAACACUGCCACAUAUUUUGACUCUAAGCUGAAGAACCCGCAGAGAAACCAACUGUCCAAGAGAACAAGAGAAAUAAAACAAAACAUAGAUGUCAUUAGAAUCAGGUUUUUCUCUCAAUGAAUUGACCUAGCUUAGCAAAGGUCAAUGAAAUGCCAUAUCAACAACUUUUUGAGCAGGGUUAUUUGGAUUCUAUUUGAAUAUGCGCUCUGUGCCCUAUGAGAAGGGAUUCGUAAUGUGAUUUGAAUUUUCUAUGAGCUCUCUCUUCAAAUUCUCUGGUUUCUCAACUCAAGCCCUGACUCGGUGGGUUUUGCUUGCCUUAGUAAACUGCAGACAUCAGUAGUGACUACAAUAGAUAAGCACAGCCAGAGCAACUUUAUCUCACAACACAAUGCCAAUAGAUUCAUAUUUAGAAAUUUAGUCACAAGUAAACAUGGCAGAAGUGCAAUCAAACGUGCUACAGCAUUAAUUGAACUUGCUUCUUUCUUUGCUCAGAUGUCCACAGUAUCUAGAGAUCAGGGCAGAGAAGUACAUCUAGCAGUAUUUGUGGUUCUUGCUCCAGCCCUGUGAUGGCAUGGUCCACACACAAUCAUUAUCAGCUAAUCACAAUCAUUCUCCACUAAUCUCGGUCUUAUAGACUCUGGUUGGUUCAUGGACUGUGACAGGACUUGGCUGGAGCAAAAAAAAAAAAAAAAAAAAACUCCCUGCCCUGCAGAACCCAACCCCCUCACCAGAUUGUCUGCCCAUGAA